AACAUACAUGAGAACAAUAAGGUUGACCUUCUGUUAGGCUUGAGGUGGAUCGACAUGCAGAACUACAGGGAUCCUCCACCCUACCCCGGGCACUCCAAACAGGUUUACACAAACCAGCCAGGUUUUCGUCAGAGCUACUCUGGCAGUGAAACAAGCACAGAUGUUUCACUUUCAUCAACAGAAAAUCUGGCCACCUCACAGCGGCAGGAGCCUCAAGGAGAGGAGACACAAUCCUCCUUCAACUACCACCUGGACUUUGGCAGUGCCGAGGGCAGCAACUACAGCAUCCUAGAACGAUUAGGCAUGCCACCUGGUGCAAUAGAUUCAGCAGGGAAAUUCUCAGAUGUUUUAUCUAUAUCAGCUUCAACAUUUCAUCCAGACAGAGGUUUACUGCUUAAUCAUUCUGCUGUUAAUUCUACCUCCGAUGGAUUAGGUCUCUCUACAGCUCAUUCUCCACUUUAUUCUAAAGGAUAUGCGACUGUUCCGCAGUGGCACUUAGGAAAUAAUACCUAUCUGCAGCAGAAUGAUAUUACAACCAGUCUGGGUGAAUACACUUCAUCGUCUUCUCGACCCCAAGCAACGUCCUUGUAUUCGACGUCUUCGUCAGGCACUGUAGUAAUAAACAGAGAUGCAACUGGGAAUAUUCCCAGCAUACCACAGUCAAAUCGGACAGGAUCUGGGAGUGGUCUUGCAGGACUAGCAUCGUCUGUGUUGCCGCCGUCCUCUACCCAUCAGUAUGUGUCUCCACGGGUGCCUCCAGUGUCAACCUACCAUCAUCCACAUCCGUACGUGAACACUCACUGGACAGCAGACAGUGGGGACUCUAGCUGUAGUUCCCACUCAUCCUAUGUGCCAUAUCAUUCAUCUUCCUCCCUCACACAGUCUCAGCAGAGCGUCGGCAGUGUGACUGGAAGUGGCACCAUCUCCUACUCCAACCAUGAUGUGUCUCAGACGAGCCUCAGCAGCUUGCCCCCUCCCCCACAGUACCCUGGGGUACCCAAAGACACACCCGCCAUCCUAAAGAAAAGCUCUGACUUUUGGACCAGUCGAUCGUAUGAAGCUGUGGAUAAAACUGGAAGUCCUGGGUCUCAUCCAGAUUUAAGAUUGUGUGCUUCCAGUCCCGGAAUUUUCAUGCAUGAGGUCAAAGGACAAAACUUGCAGAGGAGUGCAAACAGCAGUGCUGAUGAGAAUGACCAGACAGUGAUCGCCUCCAAGGCCAGUCAGAUGGUGGACAUGCUGACCAGUGAAAAUAGGAUCCUGAGGGAAGAACUAGCAUUGGCAUCUGUCCGAGUGGCCAGGUUGCAGAAGUUUGAGCUGGAACUACAGAAGGUACAUGAGUCUCAUGAGGCUCUAGUGAAGUCCUCCCAGAAACAAGAGGCCCUCUGGAUGGCUAUGAAGAGAAAGCUGGAGGCAAGAAUACAAAGCUUGGAGGCUCAGAGGACUGAUGGAG